AUGAAGAUGCUUUCAUGGAUAAAAAAGAAUCUGAGAAAAGAAAAGGAUAUACGAAACGGAACAGAUGUUGAUCAGGUUCUUGAACAGGACACUAUGUCUGAAAGCAUUAUUUCUUAUGAAGAACAGAACGACAAUGAUUCAGCAGAAGAAAAUUCCCUUAAGCAGCAACCAUCUGCAGUUGAAAACGAAAUAAAUGGCCUUAUGAACCACGCAGUUACAACGGCUGGCAAUGCUCUUGUAUAUCAAAACAAAAGGCCUCUUCUGAAGGAAGGAACUGAAAAAUUGUUUAUGGAAGCAGACCUCACUGGAUCAGCGUCAUCACCAAUGGACAUGAUUGAAGACUCAACUUCCUAG